AUAACAUUUACAAAAUAGACUUUAGACUUAUCAAUUUUGUUUUGAUUAAACAACAAAUUUUGGGGUAACUAUGGCUCUUAAAGGUGUAAAAGUGAUUGAGAUGAUGGGAUUAGCUCCAGGUCCUUUAUGUGGCACUAUUCUUGCUGAUUUUGGUGCGUCAGUCACAGUAAUUCAAAAGAUUGAUAGCAUCGCCAACAUGAUGGAUGUUAUGACAAAUGGGAAAAAAAUCCUAAAAAUAAAUCUAAAGACUAAAGAAGGUGUUCAAGUUCUAACCAAGAUGUGUUCUUCUUCAGAUGUUCUGAUUGAUACUUAUAGACCUGGAGUUAUGGAAAAAUUAGGAUUGGGCCCAGAAUCAGUAUCAAGAAUCAAUCCAAAGUUGAUAUUUGCUAGAUUAUCUGGCUAUGGUCAGAAAGGGUAUUAUAAGCACAAAGGUGGCCAUGAUAUAAACUAUGUUGCAAUGUCAGGAUUGCUUUCAUUAUUUAAAAAAAAUAAUGAACCACCAUUUAUACCAGUUAAUUUAGUUGCUGAUUUUGCCGGUGGUAGCUUAAUGUGUGCUCUUGGUAUUCUUAUGGCACUUUUAGAAAGAAGUAAUUCUGGCAAAGGACAAGUUGUUGAUUGCAGUAUGACGGAAGGAGCUGCUUAUUUAGGAACAUGGGUGUAUAAAUCAAGAAAAUUACCUAUUUGGCAAGGGGAACCUGGAACAAAUCUGUUAGAUGGUGGUGCACCAUUCUAUGCAACUUAUAGAACAAAAGACAAUAAAUUUAUGGCUGUUGGGGCAAUAGAACCUCAUUUUUAUUCAAAUUUAUUACAGGGUUUAAAUUUGACUGAGGAUGAUUUGCCAGAUGGCAAUAAUGAGCGUAAGGAAAAAUUUCAGGAGGUGUUUUUGAGAAAAACUCAAGAGGAAUGGAGUAAUAUUUUUGAAAAACUUGAUGCUUGUGUAACCCCUGUCCUUGAGAUGGAUGCUGUGGAUACACAUGAGUGCAACAAAUCAAGAGAGUCAUUUUACAAAGAUAGUGACAAUUUUAUUGUACCAGAACCAGCACCAAAAUUAUCAGCAACUCCAGGACAUUCUUCAGGUAAAAGAGCUCAGCCAAAAGGUGAUGAAGAUGCAAUUGAAAUACUACAAGAGUUGGGAUACAAAAAUAAUGAAAUUGAUGACUUAAUUAAGAAGGGCAUAGUUAAAGCAGAUAAGAAAGCUAAACUAUGAUUAAAUAAUAAUUUGAAUACUUAAUUCAGUAAUACUUUAAUUGUUUCGAUGAUAUUUUCUACAUUGUUUUUUAAACUUGGUAUAAGGAAGUCAUUUUGAUAUA